AUUCAAAUUAAGAGACUUGGAAUACUUCAUAUAAUGAGUAAGAAAUCCUCCAUUAGACCGACUCUGACAGACAAGGAUAAAACACAACAGAGACGAACAUGAGGGUCUUUAUAACAGUGGCAAUUUUUUAUAUAACCACUUCUAUCACAGAAAGUAUUUUUUUCGGGGUUUAUCCAACUCGAGGAAACAGCCUAGCAUGUCGUAAAAGAGAGAAUACAAUGCCAUAUUAUUUUGGAGAAACUGAUUUAGCCUGCAUGAAUUUUGGAGUCAGGCGAAUUAAUCGAGAUCGUCGCACACCUCCCAGCAGAUUUACUUUUAAAUUCUCCCAUCGUUGGAUCUAUAUCGAUGGCAUGUACCUAGAAUUUGGAAAUCGUGUUGGACGUGAUGCUGCUCUUGUUAAAUACGACUACCCUAACCUUGGUAAUGUCUGUACCAUGACAAAAGAAAAAAGACCAGCAGGUUAUACGAGAUUAAGUAGGGGAUGUAUCAAAAGUUGCAUUCAUCACUACGUAGAUAAAUUUGGUAAUUACGGUUUCUACACAAACAACUGCCACCAUUUUGUAAAUAAAAUAUCCAUUCUGCUCUGCUUGGGUAAAAAGUGUCCCAAGUGGUGCAAGUAUAGCCCUGAGGAUGAUGGGAAGGUAGACCAAGAGAACGAGGAUGAGAUGGAGGCAGCGAUGAAGGAGAUCGACGAAACGAGGGUCCCGAAUCCUCAUUAAGACAUGACAGAACUAAGACAGAGAAGACAGCAAACAGACAGCAGCAUAUACAAUUCUAGGUUUAACAGUGUCUGAAACACAUUGAAUUUUGAAAUAAAAAUGCCUCUGCUUCUUA